AUGGUAAUGGAAAAACAAUCAACAAACGAAGGUGAUGAUUUGAAAUGGACUUGCCCUCUUAGUAGCAAUGGCAAUUAUCAAGUCAACACAUUAAGGAGAAAAUUAGACAGUUGCAGUUCUGUUGAUAUCGGGAGGUUCGAAUGGGUGAAGGAGAUUCCAAUCAAGGUGUCGACUUUUAUAUGGCGAGCAAAACAGGAGCGCAUUCCGACAUCUGUCGCUUUAUCAAAACGAGGUGUCAAUGUAACCUCCACAAUGUGUUAUCACUGUGGAGAGGUAGAAGAAACAUCAGAUCAUAUGUUGAUUCAAUGCUCUUAUGCAAAAACGAUAAUGAAAUGGAUCUUAAAAUGGUGCAACAUUCAGCCUGAAAAUUUUUCCACGGUUCACGAUACACUCGAUUAUGCAUCAAAUUGGGGGAAUUGUCCAAAGAAAAAAAGGAGAUUGCUGGGAAUUUUCUAUGGAACUAUGUGGAGUAUUUGGAAGUCACGGAAUGAUAGAGUGUUCAAUAACAAAAGGCUGCAACCGACGAAAUUGAUGGAUAUCAUUAUGUCGACACUGUUCAUUUGGGUCAAAUAUAAAGGAAAAUGUGAUUCGAUUCGGUGGUCAGAUUGGUGUUUAAACCCUUUUAUCGGGUUGUAA